AUGUAUAAUUUCGGUUGCCACAGAACUCCAACUAAACCAUUAGAACAACAUCCAAUUUUCAGAAACUUGAUUAAUAUUCUUGAUACCAGUGGCACUGAAGAAGAAGGUACUACCAAAUCCAAGGAGAUCAUUAGCGUAACAAAUCCAUUUGUUCCAAACCCACGAUAUGGAAAACCCGUGUAUUCAGCCAAGUUGCUCCAUCACAAAUUCGGAAACAGUUGGGGAAAACCAGCAGUUGUUAAUUUCACUGUUCCAUCUGAUAUUUCAUUUGAAGCAGUUGUGUUGACUUUACAUACUGAGGUUGAUGGAGUACAAUUUGACAGAUUAGCCAAUUUGUUUGUUGAUGGAGUUCAAGUCUGGAGAACAUCUACUAUUGAACCAAGUGGCCGUAAAAAAUUCAGUGAUUUCAAGAAGGAUAUCAGUAAAUACUCCAAGCUUUUCAAGAAGGAUAAUGUUCAGAUUUUGUUCCAGUUGGAUAACUUGUUGACUGAUAAAUUGACUGGUGUUUUUGAUAUUACUUUAUCUGUUGAUUUCUACGAGUUCCAUGGCUUUGGUCCUCAUCACCACGACAGACCACAUCAUAAAAGACCACACCAUCGUAAAGAGCAAAAUGAUGUCAAUGAAAAACGUGAAUAUGAGGGUGAUAGCGAUGAUGAGAAUAUCAAAGAUGGUCACCAUGGUAUGAAACAUCAUAAAGGUGGAAUGUAUCAUGAUGAUAAGGAAAGACAUAAUAACCAUAAGGAACCAAAGCACCCAGACCAUCCACCACAUGGCCCUCAUCACAGAUUCCAUAAAGAGCGUGAAAUAUUUUCCAUUGCUAAACCUGCUGAUAAAAUCUACCCAUUGACCAUCAGCUCUAAACCAAACGAAGCUCCUGUUGUUUAUCUUGCUUCUGGCAGACUUGCUGUUGAUUUACCAAAAGUUUCCAAGAACACAACUCGUUUGCAACUUUCCAUCUUCACUUCAGGUAACGCAGCUGACGAAUUCUGGUACUCCAAUGUAAUUGACAAAUUCAGAGAUGUUUUUGCAGAUGAUGGUAACCAAUUUAUUGGCAGAGGACCAGCAAGAGCUGUGAAUGUUUACUUCAACGGUAAAAAGAUUGUUACCCAAACUCCAGAACCUGUAAUUUUCACUGGUGGUAUCUCUCCAGCAUUGUGGUCUCCUGUGGUUUCGUUCAACGCCUUUGACGUUCCAUCUAUUGAUGUGGAUAUCAGUGGCUUGUUGCCGUAUCUUUGGGAGCACCAAGCUUCUCAGGACACAGUCUUGGAAAUUGAAAUUAGUAACGGGUUAGGUGAAAUUGGCAAGGAUGACAAAUCAACAGUCAAUGAAAAUUGGAUCACUACAGCUAAUUUGUUGACUUUUGAAAAUGACCAAGUUGUUGAAUCAUCUGGUGAAGUUGUCAACAGUGAAAGCAUUGCAAUCGGGAACUUGGUUGCUGUUGCACCUUAUUUCACUCGUUCAUUCCAACAAAUUGUGGAAGUUAUUUUAAAGACUCAGAUAAUCAGUGAUAUUAAAUUGAAAUUGAAGGAUGGUAGAGUUUUAAAUACCACCAUCAGCACUUAUUGGCAGGCCGAAAUUGCGAAUGUUCAAAAUUAUGGAAGCUCUGGCGAUCGUCAAUCUAUAGUGCACGUUGGUCAUUCAACACAAUCAUUUGUCAUUCAGGACAAUGAUCUCCCAACUUCAGGAGAUGCUAUUAUCAACAAGCACAAGAAUGCAGUUCCUGAAAAUGCAAUUGUAUCAGUCAACACAUCAUUGAGUUACCCCUUGGUUCUUAAUUUAAAUCUAUUAUCAAAGAAACUUUUCGAUGACAAUGAGUUCUUUGUUGAUUAUGAUGUAAAGCUAGUUCAUUCCAAGGGUGUCGAUAUUUCUUUUGCACAUGAUCGUGGAAGUAUCAGUAGUUCCGCUUCACAGAAUGGUAAGUCCAGGUUCUUCUUAUCAUCAAAGGGAAACCAUGGAGCUGGUGCAACAACUUCUAAAUAUGAAUCUAAAUUCAAAUUUGGAAGACAUGGCAGAGAGUACCUGAGAGUUGUUGAUGCAGUUAAUGGAACAAUUGUGUCAGAUAAAACAGAUACCCAUAGAGAUGACAGCAAAGACAACUUUGCAUCUGUUGUUGACGUUGUUGAAAAUACAUCAAAUCAAGAGAGUGCUUUCGAGUUGUCUGAAAGAAUUUUAAAAGCAUUGAAUGGGAAGCAUACUGACAGAGCAAGAACCCCGUGUCAUGGAAACAAGGGGAUGAGAGGCACGAGAGGUCACCAUGGAGAUGUCAGACACCCGGGAUCUCACUAA